AUGUCAUAUAGGAAACAAACACCUAUGCCAUUUCAGAAACAUGGCUCAUAUAACCGAUCGAGAGGAUAUAUGAGCUACUUGGUUACAAAUUUAGAUCACCAAACAUUGCCAAGUACAAUUUACAGUGUCUUUCAAAAGUUUGGCAACGUCAAUCGAGUUGAACUAGGACUCAAUGGAAACGAGUGUGCCGAUGGGACAGCUACUGUUCAGUUUGUCGGCUCCCCGCAAAACCUCGAUUUGAAUAACAAGGGUAUUAAGAUUGAUGGACGAGCAGUAAAAAUAGAACCAAAUCUCGACUUUUCCCCACGUGAGAACAGAUAUGGAAAACCAAUGAACAAGAUACGGUUUCAAUCACGUUCAUUUUCAAUGGGUACUAUGGUGAAACCAGAUAAGCUAGUCGAACAUUGGACAACUCAGAAUAACUGUGCUUUGAUUAUCAACUUUGAUAUGCGCCAAUAUCACAUCUUCUUUGAUCAUGGAAAUCAAAAAUAUCGAGCCGAAUUCAAAUUCAAAGAACUUCUUGACAUAGUCGAAUUAGAAAGAGAAGAAAACACAUGGUAUUUUACCUUUCAACUCCGUUAUCCCGCCAGAUUUUGGCGCCAAAACCCAAAUGCUAUACGAGAGACGAAGACGACGUUAGUUGCAGAUUCUCAAUGGGAAAGAGUUGUAAAAAUCCCAAUGGAGACCUCUGGCUCAACCACAGCUUUCAAAGGAGUAACUUUGAACGAAAGCAAGAAGACUCCUGUCACACUUAUUUUACCACCUGGAAUGAUUCAACUAGGAUCUUGGCUUGUUUAUCGUCUUAAAAUGAAAGUUACUCCUGAUCAAAAAGACAGCUUUUAUAAUCAACUUCAAAUGGCUGCCAACUACAAUGUACUGCGCCGAGAUUUUCUGGAUACACCUUCAGGAUUGCAUCUCAAAAUCAUUGCAAGUAACACGCUCCCAAGACGGAAUACACAUCUUGAGAGGGCAACGAUGUUCCCAUACGAUGUUCUUUACAUGCUGGAGAGUGUAAUCUUAAAUCACUACUUCGACGAAAUAAACUUGGACCAGGACUUUUAUGACAUGAUAAAAGAACUUCCGCAUUCAAUAACUUGUGGAAUUCUCGAAAUAGUGUCUAAUUCCAAGAAGCGGGUCUGGGAUCCAGAUACCGAGUUUAGAAAAAUCUGGGAUACUCUGCGUAUGAAGGUGUGUCAUAAGCGGAAGAUCCCAGAUCACUGCACAAUGAUGCGGAAGUUAGUCGUUACCCCAACCUCAAUCUAUAUCCAACCACCCUCCCUUGAAACUACAAAUCGUGUCAUCCGUCACUUUAGAGCAUACACCGAUCGCUUUAUACGAGUCCAGUUUUGUGACGAUGGAAUGAAUCGUAUCAGUGCAUCGCACACAGGCCUAAGCAACAAUGAGGUUUAUGAUCGUAUCUAUAAAGUUCUCACAAACGGUAUCCAAAUAGGGACCCGUCGUUAUGAUUUUCUUGCCUUUUCCAAUUCACAGCUACGAGAUCACGGCUGUUGGUUUUUUGCGCCAACAAAAGACAUGACUGCAUCAAUGAUUCGAGAUUGGAUGGGUAGAUUUUCACACGUCAAGAUAGUGGCAAAAAAUGCAACACGUAUGGGCCAAUGUUUCUCCUCCACCCGCCCAAUUUGUCAACUAAAUAAAGAGGAUGUUGAACGUAUUCCCGAUGUUGAACGCAAUGGCUAUACUUUUUCAGAUGGUGUUGGGAUGAUCUCACCUGCAUUAGCAAGAGAAGUAGCAGCUACUAUGGAGCUCAAGCACGUACCUAGUGCCUUCCAAUUUCGUCUUGCUGGUGCCAAGGGUGUUCUUACAGUAGCCAGUGGAUUGACUGGUCGGAAGGUUAAACUGCGUCCUAGUCAGAUUAAAUUUGACUCUGAUCAUUUGGUGCUUGAGGUCAUCCGCUAUUCUACAUCAAUUCCAGCAUAUCUUAACAAGCAAAUCAUCACAAUUCUCUCUGCUCUUGGUGUCGAAGAUAAUGUGUUCCUCACUUUGAUGGAUGAUAUGCUUAAAACAUUAAAUUCUAUGCUAAGCAAUCCAUCCGAGGCAAUCAAAGUCCUAAACAGCAAUAUCGAUGAGUUUGGUACAACACAGACCAUGAUUCGAAUGAUCCAAGCAGGAUUCAUGGAUAAGAAGGAUCCAUACACAGUAAACUUGCUCAACAUGUUCCGAGUCAGCAUGUUAAAGAACCUGAAGAAAAAAACAAAAAUUAAUGUGCCAGAAGGAGCCUUUCUGUUGGGUGUGAUGGACGAAACAGGCUCUUUGCAAGAAGGCGAAGUGUUUUGUCAAGUAACUGAACCAUCUGCACAAUCAUCUCGGAAACGCAUUAUCACUGGCGACAUUGUUGUCUAUCGCAACCCUUGUUUCCAUCCUGGCGAUGUUCGUGUUGUAAAUGCAGUUGACUGCCCUAAGCUUCGUCAUUUAUCAGAUGUAGUCGUGUUUUCUUCACAAGGAUAUAGAGAUAUUCCAAGUAUGUGCUCUGGUGGUGAUCUUGACGGAGAUGACUACACAAUUUACUGGGAUAAAAGACUUUUACCCCCAACUCGAAACUAUACACCAAUGGACUAUGAGCCCGAAAAGCCGCUCCAAGUAGACGAAGUUCAUAUAUCACACAUAUUAAAGUUCUAUAUCAACUAUAUGAAUAACGAUAAUCUUGGUCAGAUUGCAAAUGGACAUCUUGCUACGGCUGACAUGGCCUUUGAUGGCGCGCUCAAUGGGUCGUGUAAACGUCUUGCACAGUUACAUUCAUCCGCAGUUGAUUUUCCAAAGUCUGGUAUACCAGCUAUUCUUCCCGACGAUCUCAAAGUUCGUUGCUUCCCAGAUUUUAUGCAAAAGAAGGACAAGGAAUCCUACCCAUCUAAAAAGGUUCUCGGCAAAAUCUUCCGUGCUAUUGAUAAUAGCGAUUAUAAGGAGUAUAAGACCAAGCUAAUAAGUACCACCAAAUACGACGUCCGCCUUCGAGUAAAGGGAAUGGAACGUUAUGUUCUUGAGGCUCGUACUCUCAAAGCAAACUAUGAUCGAGACCUUUUAUCGUUGAUGAACCAGUAUGGUAUCCAGACAGAAGCAGAAAUAACCUCAGGUUAUAUUAUCAAAUGGCUUAAAAAAUCCAAUCGCAAGAGUACUCAUGAAAUACAACAACAAGCGAUGACAGCAGCGACUAAUCUUAAAAAUGCGUGGAGGAAAGAAUUUGAAAAGGAAUUCUUAUCCGGAAGCACAACCCGAAUAAUCGAUAAUGAGACAGAAGCUGUCAUGGAGAUGAAGGCUGCAGCUUGGUACUACGUUACAUACCAUCCUACUGAGCAGCACAGAUUAACAACAGUAGAAGGAAACUUCCUGAGUUUCCCAUGGGUCGCCGAAAAGUACUUAUGCAAAUUAGCCAAACGCAACGGAAGUCGAGAAGAGACCGAAGAGCUAGCUAAAGCUUUAGACGAUGAAGUUAUCCAAGAAGCAGAAAGAAUGAAGUCAAGAGGUCUAGUCAUUGAAAUGCUAGACUCUGAAAGUGAUUAUGACGAUGAUGAAGAGGAGAAGGAGAGAAAAUAUAGAGUUAAAAGCAAAAUGAAAGAAAGCGGCCAUCCAUCAAGAGACGAGCUCGAAGAAGAAAAAGAGGAAGAGGAGGAAGAGGAAGAAGAAAGUGAUGAUGAUUUGACAGAACUACAUUUAACCAACGCCACCCCAAAGCCUAAGCUUGAAGAAGCAAGUAGUAGCCUAUCAAUAAUAUACAAGGAUCCAUUUGAUACCGAUAGCAGUAAGGGAAUCAACGGAAAGAAUCAAACUAGAUUUGAUGCUGAUGCUUCCGACGAUGCCCUUUCCAGGGCAUUACUAGGCUGAGAUAUAUAUAUAUACACUCCAAAAUCAGGCUUAAACCGUUGCUUAACAAAUACAUGUUAUUUUUCAUAAUCUUCUAUAUCUUCUAUGUACAUUUCUUUAUCUUUUCCCUUAUAUACUUCUAUCUACUCUCUUCUGCUUUGAUUAAUAGUAAAAGCAUAAAUAAAAAUAUUUUGCGAU